AUGAGGAAGCUUGUCAAUAUUGCUAUUUAUGACAACUGGACCAUGGAUAGGACCAAGUAUGCUAUAAAGAAUCUGAAGCCCAAGAUGAAGAUCUGGCAGAAGAUUUUCAUAUCCUGCAUCCAUCCCAGAACAGGCGGAACUAAUUACCUCAAUGCAACUCAGAAGGUAAUCAUGUACUACAUUUCUAGGGGUGAGCCUGUAUGUCUGCCAUUUCUGCUUUUCAACUAUCUGAAGGAAUGUGUUGAGAAGUCAAGAACUACUGGAGGUGAGAAUAAGAGGUCUAUUUCUUACAUUCCUUAUGGAAGUUUACUCUCAGAUAUCUUCACUCAGAAUCGACUGGUCAAGGCUCUUUUUGAUCUGGGACUUCAUGAUGAUUUGGCUAUGACCAUUGGAGAUCCUCUCAAUGGAACUAAGCUGAAGAGAAUGCAGAUUAUUGAGAAAGUUCAGAUUGAACCGAAAGAAGACACAUCUGAAGAGAUUCGUCAGAAGAACUACCCUGUUAAUGACUUUCCUCUAUGUCCUCCUGAAAUGCCAACAAGGAGAGCCAAGAGAACAAUCAACAAGCCUUCAGAUCCCAAAGGCAAAGGGAUUCUGAUAGAGAAGACCAAGAAAACAAAAGCAGCAUCAAAGUCUGUAGUAAUCAGGGAACCAGUUCCAGAACCCUCUCCUGAAAGAACUCUAGAAGAGUCAUAUGAGGAAUCUCAAUCUGAUGACUCUGAAAGCUCUAUGGAUUCUUCCUCUGGUAACCAAGAAGAAGAAGUUCCACUUAGAAAGAAUGUCAAGAGGAAAGCAAUUAUUGAAGAAUCAUCUGAUGAGGAAACCGAAGAAGAUGUUCCUCUGGUAAAAAGGCAAAGAAUUCAACCAGCUCAAGUUGAAGAAGAUGUUGAGCAGGAUGACUGUGAGAUUAUUGAAAAUGUGCUCCAAGUCAUAAGGGAAUCAGAAGAAGCUGAAGAAUCCACUGAUUCAGAUGUCGAGCCCAUAGGCAAGAGGCUGAAACUGCCUCUGAAGGGUCCACUUCAGAAGAAGGAGUCAGGACCACAGCAAACAUCUGAAAAGAUCUCAGAAGUUCAAAGAGAAAGGAGAUCAAAGACAGCUUCAGAUCCUGCAAGGACUGCCAGACCCACCAGAUCCAUCCCUCUCAGGGAAUCAAGUAAGGAACUUACUAAAAGCAUUAAUUUAGAUUCUGCUUUAGUAGUUAUUCCUGAACAACCUGAGCCUAUAUCUACAUCUCUGCCAACAUCAACCCAAACAGCUCCCAUUCAAACAGAACCUCAAACACAAGCCUUUUCUCAAGCUGAAACACAAAACCCCCAAUCAAACAUCCAAACAGCUACCACUGCCAUUCCAUUCAUCCACAUACAAACCUCUUCCACAUCCACCUCAACUGAACCUGUACCUGCCUUCAAUUCUUUCAUUCAAGGUAUCGUUCAAAGUGAGGCUACCCUGAGAAAUUUGGUUCAACACUUCACUCCCAAGCCUCCAUCCACAUCAAAGACCCUCCUGUUAACUCAAACUGUGAACUCAAGAGAUCUGAGUUUUACCUCACCUGAGAAGACUGCUACCUCCAGGCAAAGGCAAGUGACGAUCUCUGAAGCUGAGCAUAUGGAUGAGUCUGACCAUUCAGGAAUAGAGAAGAACCAUGAGAUUGAUUCUACCCGUUCAGGACAACCCAUAACUCAUAGUUCCAAUGCUUCAAGCUCAAAUGCAACCAUAACUCCCCAGGUUGUCCUGACCUUGGCAACCUCCUUCCGACCUCAAAAUCUCAUUCAACUCAUUCAGGAGUUCUCUGAAGAGGCAACCAGAAGAUUGAAAUGGUUAUAUCAGGUAACUGAUAAUCAGUUUGAUGCUUCAUUUGUUGAUGCAGAGGUUGCAGAAGACAGCUCUGAAGGAGUAGUUAUCCUGGAAGAUGCAGAUGUUACUGAAGUUGAGAAGCAAGUGCCAAUUCAAGUUGAUGCUGAAAUUCCAUCAGAGGCAGAAGUCCCUACCCCUGUUCAAGCUCCAGAACCUUCUCCUCAUCCAGAAGUUGCUACUCUUGCUGCCAGGAUUGACAGAAUUCAAGAUGAUCAGUAG